CCCGCUUCCUUAUUGGUAUUCACUGUUGGCCCUGGCUCAGCUGUAUCUCUGAGCAGAGGAAGAUCAUGGAUGCACAGGACUGGAUAAACAGCAAUUACACUCUCUGUGAGCUGCAGGUGGUGUCUCAGGCAGUCACCACUAAUGUCAAGAUGCCAAUGGAGAUUGUUUUUGACGUCCCUUCAAGUCCCCCGCCGACGUACGAUCAGGCAUCCAUUUUGUGGUCUCUCGGGUUGUACUCGCACACCAUAGAUGAGGCUUUGAAGAGAGGUCACGCCGCAGAUCAACAGUCGAUGGACCUUCUCCAGCGGAAAAGCUCAUCAGUCACAACAGCUGUGCACAACUUUGCGCAGGCCCUAGCCAGCGAUAUCAUAAACUCAGCCACACAUCGCGGUGUUGGAGCCACGGAGAGGGAGAAAGUCCCGUCGCCCACGCGCGGCGCUGAUGUAGGCCGUUCCAGUGCUGCUUCGCAUUGUUUCUUUGAUCCUAAUGCAAAUAUCCUUUGGGGAGACGACCAGGAAUGCAAAACCAGCAGCUACACAAAUGAGGAAAAGCUAGCCGAGUAUCUGACGUCCAUGAUUUUCCGAAUGGCCUUGAAAGAGGUGGCCGAACACGACAGCCCAAGACCAUCCGUUCCGAGCACAGCGCAACCUACGCAUCACCGUGAGCCAUACAGCAGACAUCCACAUGAUGACGAGCGAAUGCUCUCGGAACGUAGGCAAUCGCAGGAAACGUGUGACGAAAACGUGGACACGAAUUGGGACGAGUCGUUUGAACCGGCGGCAUCCUCGAGGGCCCGUGGCGGAUCUGGCUCCUCGCGCACCAUCGGAAGUUUGCUCUCGCAAUCGAGCCUCGCCAGUAACCAAUCCCUGGACUACCCCGAUGCCCCACCGACCACACCGCUAAUCCCCGGUGUGACUCAAAGCAGAGCCAGCUUCUGCAGGAAGUUGAAAGGGGGGCUCGCGAAGGAGUUCCUUCCCUCUCCCCCGCCCCCGACUCCCAACAGGAACCCGAACCCCGGCCACCAACUAUCGAGGGGCUACAAGGAGACGGACGGAGACGCGGCCGAGUUUGUCCACCGCCUGAUGCGUUCCUUAUCGCUGGAGUGCUCAGAGGGGGCGGGUGCUGUGGACAUCGGCGGAGAACUCUCCAGCCAAAGUCCGUGGAGCAACUGGCCCGAACUGUCUGAUUACGCAGACCAGCUAUCGGCUGACAUCGUUAAGUAUGUCACCACGUCAGACGAGGGAGACGACUUCGUAGACCGGCUGAUGAGGUCGUUAUCUCUCGAAUACCCAGAAUGUGUAAAGGAUACACCGGUCAGAGAAAAUAAUAGGGGAUCUCCGAACAAGACUCGUUAUGAUUCAGAUGCACUGAGUGACUUUGCAGAUGAACUAGCCACAGACAUCAUUGGCUGUGCCAUCGAGAGCUACUCGUCACUGACGGCGCUCCAAAAAAGCCUCCUUCCUACAGCCGAGCGCUGGGCCGAGGAGAUACUCCAAGCCUCCUACAGAGAAAUGAUUGAUCCGGCGAGGACGAAGGACAUCAAUACGCCGGCCCAGCCAAACCAAUGGCGCGUGAAGAGCGAGGAGAGGCUCACAUCGUCGGAUAUGGGAGUCGAGGCGAGCUCUCGGAGCCAAAUUCGCAGGCCGACCUCGGAGGUUCGCUCCCUGCAGAGGACGGGGAGCCAAGACGACGAUGACCCCACGGGCGCGGGGAGGCUGAGAGACUUAGCAGAGGCGCUGCUAGCCACUGCGUUUAUCCAGGCGCUCCCAGAACUGCAGCGUGCAGUUUUACAUCCUGGAGCGGGUCCAGGGGCUCCGAGCCCGCCAGACUAUACUUCGGGCUCCCACAGGACCUCCCUCCAGCCAUCUAAAAGAGUCCAGGCCUCCCUCUGCAGUGGGAACCCAGGUCAAGCCACUGGUGCUCUGGCCCGGGUUGACGAUGCUGCGGACUGCGCGCUUGACAGCUAUGCAGAACAUGUUGCCCUCGAAGUGAUUGAUGGCUCCUUGAAGCUCGCCUCGAAAUAUCUUGCUGGCGAUGGGAAAGCAUGUAGCCUUCGGCGUGAUGGGAACGGUUCUUGGUAUUCGGAGGGUGAAGUUACACAGAGCCACCGUGGCCCGAGGGUGAGGGUAUCGCUUGGGUCUCAGAUGUGUAGCACCACAAGUGACCUGGAGGGGGCGUUAGUGUGGGCUGCAGCUUCUCAGCUCGGGAUCCAGACACUCACGCUGGUGGUGCCAGACCAUCAGCUUCAAGCUCAAUUCGGCAGUGUGGCACAGGACAGGCGUCUCCUGGGCUUGACUGUGGGGGACCUGGUGACGUCACUCCUGCAGCACGGCACGCACCUGUCUGAAAUGGCCAGUAGAGGGAGCACUCUCAGUGCGUUCACCCACUUACUUACCUACAGGAGCUGAGUAAAGGAGACACAAGCAAAUCCAGCAUGACAACAGACCUCAUCCACACAGUCUUCACCAUCCCACUCCUGAUAAAGAGCGUGAUUAAAAAGAAAUAUGGCCGUACUGAAAAAACAUAGAAAAGCAAUAAAUAUAUUUUAUACUGAUUUUUUUUUUUUUUUUACCUGAUGUUUAAUGGCCUAAUCGUAUUAGUGGUAAUAGGAAAGAAUUUAUCGUAAAUCCCAACAGAGAUUUUAUGACUGAUUAAUUUAAUAUAAAGCUUAAUAAAAAAACAAUACAAAAAUCCAUUGUUG